AUGUCUGGCAAUAACUGUACUGCUGUGACUGAAUUUAUCCUUUUGGGAUUAACAGAUGAUCCAAUCCUGUGUGCCAUUCUCUUUGUGAUAUUUCUGGGUGUCUAUACUGUCACCUUAGUUGGUAACCUUAGCAUAGUCAUAUUGAUCAGAAAUAGCUCCCAACUUCACACUCCAAUGUACCUUUUCCUCAGCCACUUGGCUUUUGUGGACACAUCAUAUUCCUCAUCUGUCACACCUGUUAUGCUAAAGAACUUCCUUGUGGACAAAACCAACAUCCCUUUUGGAGGCUGUGUGGUCCAAAUGUUUUGUGGAGCCACUUUUGGGACAGCUGAGUGCUUCCUUCUGGCUGUGAUGGCCUAUGAUCGGUAUGAAGCCAUUUGUAGUCCCCUACUCUACUCCACCAAAAUGUCUACUAGAGUCUGCACUCUGUUACUCAUCACAUCCUAUCUGGGUGGUUGUGUGAAUGCUUGGAUCUUCACAAGUUGUUUAUUAAAUCUGUCUUUCUGUGGACCCAACAAAAUUAAUCACUUUUUCUGUGACUAUUCCCCUCUUUUGAAGCUUUCCUACUCCCAAAAUAAUCUCACUGAAAUUAUUCCUGCUACUUCUUCUGGGUUAGUUAUUGCCAUCACAGUAUUAAUUAUCAUAAUCUCAUAUGUAUACAUUCUCUUCUCUGUCCUGAAGAUAAGCUCUACUGAAGGGAGAUCUAAAGCUUUCUCAACUUGCACCUCCCACCUCACAGCAGUCACUCUCUUUUAUGGGACUCUUACAUUCAUUUAUGUAAUGCCCAAGUCCAGCUACUCUACGGAUAUGAAUAAGGUCAUGUCUGUUUUUUACAUUGUUAUGAUCCCCAUGUUGAACCCCUUGAUCUACAGUCUAAGGAAUAAUGAAGUAAAAGAGGCCCUGAGAAAACUGAUGAAUAAAAACCAUAUUUUUUCAUGA